AUGCGACUUGGCCUUUCUCCCCCCUUUUUCUCCCGUGCACCGGUCUACACUCUACACGACUACACGGACGGGUGGAUAGAAGUCAACCGAGCGCAGCGCCCGCCCCGCUCCCUUCCCCUCGCCUUCCACGCCGGCCAAAAAAGAGCGACCGAAAUCCGGCCGCGCCCGCCCCGGAUCCAGCGACGAUGUUCGGCGACUCCGACGGAUCCAGGACGCCAGCGCCGCCGCGCCGGGUCCAACCCGCCGGAGCCGCCCUUCCCCAACCGGGAGCUCACGCUCAGCAGCUACCUCUGCGACAAGGCGCCGCCCGCCUCGGCGGCGGGGCCAUCCUCGCCGCCCAACCCCGAGGCGGCUGCUGCCCCGGCCGACGAUGCCGCGGCCAACGCCAAGCUGUGCGUCGAGCGGGAUUUCCUCCACCUCUCCGCGCCCAAGCGCGGGGAUCCGCCGGGCGACGACUCGUCCGUGGUCGGGGCUAAGAAGCCCCGCCUAGACUCGCUCCAGCUCUCGCUCUCCCUCUCCAACGACGCGCCCGCCCGCCGCCGGCGGCCUCCCAGCAGCCGUCCUCCUCCCUGCCUCCGUCGCAGCUCGCGUCACUCCUCCCGGUCGAUGGCGAUCUGCGGGGCGGGGAGCGUCGCGACCGCAGCCGCCGCGGUGCCUGCAGCCGCGCCUCGUCGCGCCGCCCCCAGGCGGACCUACAGCGCCAACACGGGGCGCACCCGGAGCAUCAACUCCGACGACAUGUCCUAUUCCUACUCGGUGUUCUCGCACAACCCGAGCUGCUCCCUCACGCACAACUCCACCGACAUCUACGCCGCCGGGGAGGGCACCAACGGCUCCGUCCACAGCCGGUUCAACUUCCGCCCCAUGGGGGACGGCAGCGUCGCCUUCGCCCCGUCGCAGCUCAAGGAGGGCACCUCGUCCUUCUUACCCACGGAACUUCCCGCCAGGAUGGUACCGCCAGCAGCGGCACUCAGCGCUGGCGGCAGCUUUGACGGCAGCCGCGGAGGUAUGCACUCGUCACGCCCUGAGAGGAUCUUGCGGGACAUCGUGUCGGACCCUGUGCCUGCCAUGGCUCAGGUCCUGCAGGAUUUUCCCAGUGAAACCCUGGAGGUGCUGCGGGAGACUGUGCGGAGCAUGAUUGAUGCUCCGGAGAAGAGGGACGAGCUGUCAAGCCUGCAGCGGAAGCUGGACCGUCGCUCGGACCUGACUGCCGAGGUAUUGGGGCGUGCUAACAAGACGCAGCUGGAGAUCCUGGUGGCUAUCAAGACUGGUAUGGCCACUUUUGUUACUGGUAAGGGCCGAGUUUCGAGCAGCGAGCUUGUGGAGAUGUUCCUACUGACACGGUGCCGCAACAUGAACUGCAAGAGUGUCGUCCCUGUGGACGACUGUGAGUGUAAGAUUUGCUCCACCAAGAAGGGGUUCUGCAGUGCGUGUAUGUGCCCGGUGUGCCAGAAGUUUGAUUGUGCUGCAAAUACAUGCAGCUGGGUUGGAUGUGAUGUCUGCUCCCAUUGGUGCCAUGCCGCAUGCGCGCUAGAGAAGAACUUGAUAAGGCCAGGGCCAACACUGAAGGGGGCGAUGGGCACAACUGAGAUGCAGUUCCAAUGCCUCGGCUGCAACCAUGCUUCUGAGAUGUUUGGGUUUGUUAAGGAGGUGUUCAAUUGCUGUGCAGAGAACUGGAGUCCUGAGACGCAGAUGAAAGAGCUAGACUUUGUUAGGAAGAUAUUUGCAGCUAGUGAGGAUUUCGAGGGGAAGGGGCUCCAUGCCAAGGCAGAAGAGGUCCUCAGCAUGCUUUUAAAGAAAAUCAUUUCCCCUUCUGAUGCGACGAAGACCAUGCUACAAUUCUUUAAAUAUGGUGUAACAGACUAUUCCGUUACUGGUAGCAAGUCAAAAGGAAUACUGGCGGCUCAGACGAGUAAAUCUACAGAUAUGCUUCAUCUUCAGACCCCAACCAUCACUCCACCAAAAUCCUCAUUCAACUUCAAGCCCAGCAUCUCCAUUCUUGAUUCACAGAUGGAUGUGCUCAAGGCCAGCCCAAAACCACUCUCUAUAGAACCCCAUUUCAGCUCCAGCUCAAAGGAUGAAGACUCCUCCAGCCUUGAGACCAUUGUGAAGUGCAAGGAAGCUGAGGCAAAACUGUUCCAGAAACUGGCCGAUGAUGCCAGGAAGGAGGUAGACAGCUACCGGCAGAUCGUGCGCGCCAAGACCCAGAAGCUAGAGGAGGAGUACGCCACGAAGGUGGCAAAGCUGUGCUUCCAGGAGACGGAGGAGAAGAGGAGGAAGAAAGUCGAAGAGCUGAAGAUGCUUGAGAACUCGCACUACGACUACCACAAGAUGAAGCUGCGGAUGCAGACCGAAAUCCAGGGCCUGCUCGAGCGGAUGGAAGCCACAAAGAAGAUGUGGGUAUAG